GGCCCGGGGCGGCGGCGGCGACGGCCCCCGGGGGCCUGGGCCCGGGCCCGAUCCCGGCCCCGUGACGGCGCCGGGCGCUGCCGCGGCCCCGCCAUGGCCGUGUUCGAGACCCCCCGGGAGGCCUUCGGCGCCCUGCGGCCCGCCUGCGUGCGGCUGACCCAGGCGCAGACCGCCGAGAACGUGGCGCUGCUGCGGGCCCGGCUGGCGGCGGUGGGCGCGGCGGCGCUGCAGGAGCUGCAGGAGUACGUCCUCUUCCCGCUGCGCCUCGCCCUCGCCUCGCCCGGGCCCCGGCGGGAGCGGCUGGCGCAGAGCGCGGCGCGGGGCCUGGCCGCGGUGCUGGGCGCCACCCGCCUGCGGGGCCCGGGGCUCCUGCGGGAGCUGCUGGCCGAGCUCUGCGCCUGCCUCGCCGCCGGGACCGACAGCGCACCGGGACCGGCCCCGGUGCCGGCCUCGGAGGAGCUGAAGCUGGCCGUGGGGGAGGCGCUGCACGCCCUGAUCCAUUCCGCCGACGGGGACGUCAUCUUGUCGCUGUACCGGCCGUCGGCCCUGCACCUCCUGGGGUUCACCGUGUCUCUGCUCCUGCGCCUGGCGGAACAAGAAAGAGCAAAGCAGGUCAAGAUCUGCGCCCUGAAGUGUCUGCAGGCCCUGAUCCUGCGGUGUGAGUGCCAGCAGCACAGGCGGCUGCGUGAAGACGAGGAACAGCAAUGUGGGGAUUUGUUCGCUUCGUUUCUGCCUGGCGUUUCUAUGGCGCUGUCUCGAGUUAUUACCGCAGACAUCAAACAAGGUCACGGAACCACCGUCGCUGCCAUCAGAGUGUUUUAUCAGGUGGUUGGUUUGGUCAUGGCUGAUGAACAGCUAGCCAGGAUCACAGAGAAUAAAGAGAAGCCGUCGGUGGAACCAAGUGGAAUAUCAAAAGUGCUGGUCCACAGAGGACCUGACUGGAGUAAAAAUACCGCAGAAAAACUCUCUCUCCUCUUACACAGAAUUGUUGAACAUUCUUCAGUUCACUCGCACUGGAAAGUGAGACUGGAGCUGGUGGAACUUGUCCACCACUUAGUGAGGAACUGCAGGCAGUCACUGGUGGACUCGUUCACUCAUCUUCUAAAGGCCUUGGUCGGGCUGGUUAACGAUGAAAACAGCGAAGUCCAACGCAGAUGUAACGAGGUUCUGCAGCACAUUGCAGAGCAGCAGCUGGUAGCACACAACAGGGCUCUUGCUGAUGUUCUCUCAGAGAACCUCCAUUCCCUCGCCACGGCUCUGCCUCGCCUGAUGAACUCUCAGGAUGACACGGGCAAGUUUGCCACUUUGAGCUUAUUGCUUGGCUACCUGAAGCUGCUGGGCCCCAAGGUUAACAUUGUCCUCAACUCCGCAUCCCACCUCCACCGCCUGUCCAAAGCACUGAUGCAGGUUCUGGAGCUGGACGUGACAGAUGUGAAGAUCGUGGAAGACAGGCGCUGGGGCUGUGGGAGCGGGUACGAGGGCUCCUUGCAGAAUGGUGUGCAGAAGGGCAGAUGCCAGAAGAAAUACUUCCGCUUCUUCACGGAGGAAAAAGUUUUCCAGCUCCUUCAGCAAGUUUGCCGUGUUCUUGGCUACUACGGAAACCUCUACUUGCUCGUGGAUCAUUUCAUGGGGCUGUACAGCGAGUCUGCCAUGUACCGAAAGCAGGCUGCAAUGGUCCUCAAUGAGCUGAUUGCAGGAGCCGCUGGCCUAGGGGUGGACGUACUUCAGGAAAGGGAAGUUCCACUGGGCGUGGAUGAUCUCAAAGGGUCCAUAACGUCCAUUCUUGAUGAGUACACAGACCAGGCAAACUGGUAUUUAGUCACCAGCAUCGAUGCGGAAGGAACCAGCCACGAGCUCCCCGUGAAUCACUCAGGACUUGCUGCCCUCCCGGGGGCUGCGUGCGGCAGCGUUCCGCCACCCCCAGACCCAAGUUUAACAACGCGCACCAUGAACAGCAACAUCUGGCAGAUCUGCAUCCAGCUGGAAGGGGUCGGCUGCUUCGCUGCGGUCCUCGGGAAAGAAUUCCGGUUGCUGCUGCUGUCAGCUCUCUACCCGGUGUUGGAAAAGGCCGGAGACAAGACUCUGCUCAUCAGCGAGACGGCGAUGGGAGCGCUGGCGGACAUCUGCGAGGCCUGCGGUUACGACUCCGUGCAGCGUUUGAUUAAUGAGAACUCUGACUACCUGGUGAACGGGAUUUCUCUGAACCUGCGCCAUUUGGCCUGUCAGCCGCACGCGUCCCAGGUGCUGGACACUAUGCUGAGGCACUCAGAUGCCAGCUUGCUGCCGCUGGUGGAAGACGUUAUCCAGGAUGUCCUGUCGACGCUAGAUCAGUCGUACAAUCACCAGGCUUCCACCUUCCUCGGGGUCCUCUCCUCGCUAACGGCAGCGCUAGUCAAGUGGUUCGGACCGUCCUGCAGCGAGGAACCGCAGCGAAGGCAGGCUGCUGAGUGGCAGAGCGGGACUUUGGGCCAGGUGCAGCCGGCGGUAACAAGGCAAGAAGUGGAGCAAUUCUUCCUCGGCUAUGUCAGACAGAAGCAGGUUGCAGAGGGCAAUGUUUCUGACUCUGGUGAUGAGGAGGCAGAUGAGGUUCCCCUCGUUGCUAAACCUGAGCCAAGCAACUCUGACACAGAAGGAGAAACUCCUCUGCCAAGCCAUGCCCAGCUGGCCAAAGACGUGAUGGAGAGGUGCAUCCACUUGCUGUCUGACAGCAACCUCCGUGUGCGGCUGAAGGUCCUGGACGUGCUGGAGCUCUGCGUAACCGUGCUACAUCCUCACAGAAACCACCUGCUUCCCAUGGCUCAUCGUGUCUGGCCAGCGCUCGUCACCCGGCUGAUCAGCGAUGACCCUCUGGCAGUGCUGAGAGCCUUCAAGGUGCUGUGUACCCUGGCGCAAAAGUGUGGGGACUUCUUGAGACAGAGAUUCUCCAAAGACGUCCUGCCUAAGCUGACCAGUUCCCUCCUUAGCCAGGCCCCAGCAAGUGCCAGAGCUGGGCCUGUGUACAGCCACACGCUUGCCUUCAAGUUACAGCUGGCUGUGUUGCAGGGACUGGGGUCUCUGUGCGAGAAGCUGGACAUGGGUGAGAGUGACCUGACUAAAGUGGCAGAUGCUUGCCUGAUUUACCUGAGUGCCAAGCAACCCACGAAGUUGCAAGAAGCUGCCCAGAGCACAUCUGUCCUGUAGAACAGGGUCUCUCAUAGAAGUUAAUCCUUGCUCUGAGAAGGCUGGGAGAGGUUAAAAGAGCAUAAACAGUUCAGGUGAGCAUGCAUUUGCCCUGUGAAGUGUUGACAGACAUACUUGACUAGUUGGUGUUCAAAAUCCUGCUCAACAUGUUCCUGCUGUCAGGAUAAGAAAUCGCUGCUGCCAUAUGUUGUCACCUGGAAACAAGGGCAGAGAUUUUCAGCAGACAAAAUGAGUCCAGUUACAGAACGCGGAAAAUGAAGAAGAAAGCCGUGCAUCUGUUUCUGCUGAAGGACAAGGAAGAGGCGCUCCCUCUCUGUGGCCCACCAUCCCUCCCUAAUGGGAGUGGCAGCCAGCUGGGAGCAGGUUCAGCAGGCACUGCGGAUUUCAGAGGGCAGAAUGUUAAAAAGGGAAAAGCUGUCAGCUCCCUUUCACCUGAGUGCAAGCCUCCCAGGGGUGUGCAAGGUGUGAGGAGCUUUUGUGUGGCUGGGCAGCAGCUUAGACAGAGGGAGCUCUCAGAAGCUGUAGCUGUACCUUUGUUUGUAUUCCUGAGUUGGUGAGAGUCGGUUUAUUUUUACCUUCGUGGCUUUUAUUGCAUUGCUGCAGGCUUCAGCAGCAUUUGUUCUGCAGAGGGGUUCUUUGCUGUAGGCUUGCAUACCCUGGACAGAAUAUAAUGUGCAUCCAUGUAAGCAAUGCUGGCGUGGGAAACAGAACACCAGGAUUUAUCUAUUUGGAAACUUAAGCUUUUAAAUCAUUAACAAAGCAGGCUGAAGAGCUGUGUAAUUUCCACCCCACACACAACAGGGGUGGGGAGCAAAUACUGAAUCGGCCCAAUGAUGCAGCAGGGUUAUCAGAAGGUGCGUUAUGAAGCAAGCUCACUGCUGUUGGAGAAGGGAACAAAGCUGUCGGCAAACAGAGGUUUCUCAUAUAUACAUGUAUAUGUUUUUAAGAGAAAAAUGCCACAUUACGUUGGUCCUCCCAUGCCUUUGAUGCACCAUACACGAUGCAUUUUACUGAAUGAAACAGGCUUCUGUGAUCAGUUAUCUUUGGCCAGACACAUAUACGCAUCAUGUCUGGCCUGAUACUAACCAUGCAUAUGGUAAUAACUGCAGUUUCUACAAUUUCCCUACAGUCCUUGCUGUCUCCCUUUUUUAAUUGUUAUUAUUUUAGUCCUACCUGACCUGGAGCCAGGCUGGAUCGGCGCUAAACAUGUCACUAUCACUUUUACCUACAGUAUGCGUGACUGAUAGGAGGCUUCAGCUUGGAAAAGUCAGAAUUAGUUUGCACCAUAACAGUCAACUCUAGCACCAGGAUAAGAAUCACUUCUCAGCCAUGCUUCAGCAUCCUCUCUUAGGCUGCUUAACCUCCAGAUUCCUGUAAGCUCCAGGCCUUUUCUUUGCUCUCCAUGUGUCAGGCAGUAAUCCUGCAACCUGACUUAGACUGUCACAUGUAGGGCCCUUUGCAUCGAGGCAAGGGCAAAUUAUCAGCCUUCUACAUGGAAUUUUCUGCAUUUUAAAUGCUUCUAAAAGCAGAUAGAACAGAACUAAUCUUAGCCACAGCCUGAGUGCCAACAUACAUCACACAACUCAGCUUUAUCACUACAGAAAUCAUGCAAAGCAGAGGGAUGCUUGGAAUCAGCUUGCCAUAUUGAUUUAUACUAAGUGGCCCUUGCUCACCUUUUUGGAUUCUUACACAACUCAUGAGCUGCGACCUGCCAGGAGGAAGGUUAGCGCUUACAAAGUCACCUGUAGUCAUUGCAGGGAGUUACUGCAGCUAAGUUUGACUUUAAAGUGAAGAUUCUCUAGGUAUGCAAAGGGCUGAGCAGGAAUUUUGGGCCAAGGUGUCACCAAAAAUAAAAAUAAAAAAGAGGUACAGGGCGGGGGGAUUGUCUGUCUGCCAGGAAUGUUAUCGUGCUCCAGGGAGGUUAUUUAAUCCCAUUUAUGGGACCCUGCAGUUUUAUUAGAUGAAGCAGUGGGAAUAAGUAAGUGAAUUUGGUAAAUGCAGCUUUGUGCAAUACUCAAGAGGCAAAAAUAGAUGCUGGGAAAAAAUGAACUCCAGCAUGUCCGAGAAAGAGAAAAUGGGACGGGACAGUAGGCUUUAUUAUGGCUGCUGGUAGUAUUCCAGGAGAGAAAUACUACCAAAAUCUUGUUUAAAUUAAAAAAAAAAAAAAGAGGAGUUUGGGAAUGCCAGGGAACACCAGAAACAUCUUUGCCUGUACUGAAAAUAAACCAACGUACCUUUGGGUAAAGUGACCGGAACCGCUUGAGCAGCUGAGGGUUGUGUUGUAGGGCCACAGCCUGGGAACAAGGUCAGGGAGGAGGAAAUGGUGCUAACUGGAAGUCACAUUGUGUAAAACUGAGCUUCUGAUCCAUUUAUUAAGUGGCAACAUCUCUGACAAGCUUCUCACUUUGGGGAGGAAAAAAAAAAAAAAACACACUGAAGGAAAAGAGAUUAAGAAAUUGUCGUUGGCCUAUGUCAACACUUUACAAAUAGCUCCACAUUUUCUUCCAGUUUGAAGUGACUGUUUUGAAAUUUACACUCCUUUUCAAUAAAUGUUUACAGUCUGUGAAGUUUACCAUUUGACCUUUCAGUCAGCACUCCGGAUAGGAAUGUUUUUUCUAGGAUGCUAAAAUAAUUUCUCCAGUUCUUACUGAAGUCUGUGCGAGCUGUUUUUAGUUAAAUACCCAGCAUAGCUGCAAAAGCCAGAAAGAGUUGUCCUUUUGCCAGCCUGUUCACACGGUGCUGUGACUUUACUUAGAGCUUGGGAAAAUACAAGGCACCAGAACAGCCUAACUCUGCUUUGUGCCACUGGAACAAGUUGUUUAGCACAACUGGAACAAAUAUGCACUAUUUUGGGAUCUUUUUAGUUACCAAAUUUGAUUACACAGCAUUAGACCUCUUUUGGUUUGACUGUGUAGCUUAUUGGAUACUUUUUGACAGCUGUUAUUUGCAGGCUGGGCUGAAGUACACUAAAACAGGCACCUGCACAAGGCAAAAUUCAAUAAAAUUAUAUUUAAGUAAAAAAAA